AUGAAAAUUAUUCAGCUUCUCGUUUUUUCAUUCUAUCAAAUUAAAGGUAUUUCAACAACGGAUGACCAAUGCUCAUUGAAUGCAUGUGAGAUUUUCGAUAUUUUGACACACGGGCGUCAAGCCGGUAAUGAGCCGCACGUACCGGGAUGCACUACUGACAUUCACUGGCGACAACUAGAUAGACGACUCCGCGCCAUUGAACAAUCAACAUGGACAGUGAGUUUCGGACAGUCACGAUGGCGCCAAUGCGCUAAAACUAUGUGUAGAUGCGACGCGGCCCGACGGUCACUCAACUGUUGGAGGGCCGGCCUGACUGCACUCACUGGGGACUUGACCGCGCCCGCUGAUCUUCUCACCAUAGAUUUGGGGUCAAAUAAGCUACGCACCCUACACAAGACCACAUUUAAAGGAAUGCGUGCGCUAACUGAACUAGAUAUGUUCGACAAUCACGUCGAAUAUUUGCCGGGAGGAAUAUUCGAAUCUCUUGUGAACUUGAAAACCCUGCGUCUACAGAGAAAUUAUUUAGAAGAAAUUGAUAGCGAAGCGUUUACGUCAACAAAAAAACUUUUCCACGUGGAUUUGUCCAACAAUUAUUUGUAUACACUACCAGAAAAGCUAUUUGCCAACAAUACAUUUCUUGAAACCAUCGAUAUCUCAAAUAACCGGGUUGUAUACGUUCCAUCAGAUAGUUUCUUAGGAUUGGAUUCUCUACAAAUACUCGAUUUAUCGAAAAACAAAAUACAAAAUAUCCAAAACGGAACGUUUUCGCUGAAGAACCUCCAGAUCUUGAAACUGUCGGACAAUAAGAUAAACAACAUUAGUGACAACGCCUUUGAGAACUUGUUGUCCUUAGAAACUUUAUUAUUAGAUCGGAAUAAAUUAAAAAAUAUUCCGACACAAUUAUUUAAUAAUCUGAAAUGUUUGAUUUUCUUAGAUCUGUCCAAUAAUAAUUUGAUGAGUUUGGCUGGGGUUGAAUUUGAAAACCUGAAAUUAUUACGUAAUUUAGAUUUGAAGGAAAACGCUUUAAGCCAAAUACCUGACAACACAUUUUCUGACUGUUUCAACUUGGAGAAACUUGAUUUAUCUAAAAAUAAACUACGCUUUAUAAAUAUAACUGCUUUUUACGGUCUAGAAAAUCUUACUACGCUACUUUUAUCCGAAAACAAAUUAUAUGAAGUACAUUUCAAAGCGUUUUCUAUGCUGAAGAAUCUGACAACAUUAUACUUGGAUGGUAAUAUGUUUCCUUCGCUGCCAUCUCGCACCCUGGAUUACAUGCCGAAGCUUACGAUCGUAAAAUUAUCUGGAAAUCCUUGGCACUGCGACUGCCAUGCUCUCUAUAUUUCAGCGUGGGUUCGUUUGAAUGAAAUGAAGAUCUGGGAUUACUCCCCAACGUGUGUAUCGCCCUGGUAUUUGGAAGGGCAUUUCCUGAAAAAGUUAAAAUUUCCAGAACUUUGCGCCGGGCAGUGGGCCAGUAUGGUGAACCUUUCGCCACGCCUUCCUAUACAACAGCUUCUGGCUUUAAACGUAUCAGUAAAUCGUAAGCCUCAAGACAGUAUGGAGCAGAAUCAUGAUUAUACAACCGUCGAUACCUGGCAUUAAGCCAAUGAACUAAAAAAGAAAAAACAUUAAUACAAUAAACAAAAACU